GGCUAGCCUGCGCGUCGCCGGCGAAUUUUACCUGCACAAGAUGCGACUGCUGCUCGCGGACCCCGAGGUGGGUGAGUCAAUGGGGACGCUGCUGCAGGCCGAGAACCUGCCGUCCUGGAACUCCCUCAAGGAGGUUGUCGAGAACGCGGACGACUACUACACCGCCCUAGGGUACUUGAUAUUUCACAUAUAGUUUUAUUUUCGGACAUUGUGUAAAAUGGGUGCUCUGCUCCUCAGCCGGUUUCGGUUCUUUGUUGUUCUCGUCGGCCGAGAAGCUGCGAAGUAGGAUGAAAGCCGCUCCAUUUUUUAUCUUCCGCAAUUGCUAGAUGGUGAUCAUCGACACCAGGUCUUUUCUAGGCCUCAUCUGAACCAAAAUUAUUCGUUCUUGCAUGCCACUGGCUUCUACUUCGGAUCAUGGGAUGAUUGAUCCGCUUGCCGCGUCUUCGUCACUUCUACCUGUGGAAAGUAAGAUGCUAGUAGUCGUGCAAGAUGAACUUGUUCUAAAACAACAGGCGAGGGGACCAGCAGGCGGCCGCUGAUUUGGCGUGGAGGCGCGGCGCGGAGUUUGUUCGCAGAAUCCAGGAGCGAGUUUUGGCAGCAAAUGACAGAAAGCCGGUCCUAUUUUUGCUGCAACAUGACGGGGGAACAGACGCCGCUGCCAACGCGGAGGCGCUCGCGCUGGAAGUGCGACCGGGAGAGGC